GGCGCGUUCGCGUCCCGUCGUGCCUCGCGAGCUGUUGCGUCCCCUCUGACCCGGGCUCACGGCUCCACCAUCCGGGCUCUCGGCGCCACACGGGGAAGAUGGCGGCGCUGCUCCCUGCCGAGUGGAUAAAGAACUGGGAGAAAGGGGGCAAGAACGAGUUCGUGCAGUUAUGUCGUGCAGUCAGUGAAAACAAAAGCCAUGAUUCUAUGGGUUUCAGAGAUAUCCAGCAAGCUCUGUAUGAGCUUGCAUACCAUGUCGUCAGAGGAAACUUAAAGCAUGAUCAAGCUUCUAAUGUUCUUGGUGAUGUCAUAGAAUUUCGGGAAGACAUGCCUUCCAUCCUAGCUGAUGUAUUCUGCAUAUUAGAUAUUGAAACAAGCUGUUUAGAAGAAAAAAGUAAGAGAGAUCACUUUACCCAGCUGGUAUUAGCCUGUUUGUAUCUUGUAUCUGACACUGUCCUAAAGGAACGUUUAGAUCCAGAGACACUGGAGUCAUUAGGACUUAUCAAGCAGUCGCAGCAGUUCAAUCAGAAAUCAGUUAAAAUAAAGACAAAACUAUUUUACAAGCAACAGAAGUUUAAUUUAUUGAGAGAGGAGAAUGAAGGUUAUGCAAAGCUGAUUGCAGAACUGGGGCAAGACUUAUCUGGAAAUAUCACUAGUGAGCUAAUCCUUGAAAAUAUCAAAUCUUUAAUAGGAUGUUUUAACCUUGAUCCUAACAGAGUUUUGGAUAUUAUCCUAGAGGUUUAUGAGUGCAGGCCCGAGUAUGAUGACUUCUUUGUACCACUGAUAGAAUCUUACAUGUACAUGUGUGAACCUCAAACUCUAUGCCAUAUCCUUGGGUUCAAAUUCAAAUUUUAUCAGGAUCCAAGUGGUGAGACGCCUUCUUCCUUAUACAGAGUUGCUGCUGUCCUCCUGCAACAUAAUCUCAUAGAUUUGGAAGACCUUUAUGUUCAUCUUCUUCCUGGGGAUAAUGCCAUUGUUGAGGAACACAAGCGAGAGAUCAUGGAAGCUAAGCAAAUUGUCAGGAAGCUUACAAUGGUUGUCUUAUCCUCGGAAAAAACUGAGGAAAAGGAGAAGGAAAAAGAAAAAGAGGAGGAAAAAACCGAAAAGCCUCCUGAUAAUCAAAAGCUUGGCUUAUUGGAAGCUUUAUUAAAAAUUGGUGACUGGCAGCACGCACAAAGUAUUAUGGAUCAGAUGCCCCCGUUUUAUGCUACUUCACACAAGCCUAUUGCAAUUGCCCUUUGUCAGCUUGUACAUGUUACAGUUGAACCUCUGUACCGCAGAGUUGGUGUACCUAAAGGAGCUAAAGGGUCACCAAUUUCCUCUUUGCCAAACAAGAGAGCACCAAAACAAGCAGACAGCUUUGAGGACCUGAGAAAGGAAGUGUUCAACAUGCUUUGUUACCUUGGUCCUCAUCUUUCCCAUGAUCCCAUUUUAUUCGCAAAAGUGGUGCGUCUUGGAAAAGCAUUUAUGAAGGAGGUUGGAACUGUGAAGAAAUUCGUCAGUGACAGAGUGGUUAAGUUUCAGUCUGAUGGAAGCAAGCAAGAAGAUAAAGAGAAAAUGGAGAUACUGUUUAGCUGUCUGCUGAGUAUUACUGAUCAAGUCUUACUGCCAUCUCUUUCUCUGAUGGACUGCAAUGCAUGCAUGUCUGAAGAACUAUGGGGAAUGUUCAAAACUUUUCCGUAUCAGUACCGGUACCGGCUUUAUGGACAAUGGAAGAAUGACACAUACAAUAGUCACCCACUUCUAGUGAAAGUUAAAGCUCAGACUAUAGACCGAGCCAAAUAUAUCAUGAACUUGUCUGUUCCAAUAAAAUAUGUUCCCUUUCACAGGCGUUUAACUAAGGAAAAUGUGAAACCUUCUGGAAGACAAAUUGGGAAGCUCAGCCACAGCAAUCCUACAAUUUUAUUUGAUUAUAUCUUAUCGCAAAUACAAAAAUACGAUAACUUAAUAACUCCGGUUGUUGAUUCACUAAAAUACCUCACUUCGCUGAACUAUGAUGUCUUGGCAUACUGUAUUAUUGAAGCUCUGGCAAACCCUGAGAAGGAGAGAAUGAAGCACGAUGACACUACAAUCUCAAGCUGGCUGCAGAGUCUGGCAAGUUUUUGUGGUGCAGUUUUCCGGAAAUACCCAAUUGAACUUGCUGGUCUACUUCAGUAUGUAGCCAACCAAUUGAAAGCUGGGAAAAGCUUUGAUUUGCUUAUUUUAAAAGAGGUAGUGCAGAAAAUGGCAGGGAUAGAAAUCACGGAAGAAAUGACAAUGGAGCAAUUGGAAGCCAUGACUGGUGGAGAACAACUAAAAGCUGAGGGUGGAUACUUUGGCCAGAUCAGGAACACGAAAAAAUCUUCUCAGAGAUUGAAAGAUGCAUUAUUGGACCAUGAUCUUGCCCUUCCACUGUGCCUGCUUAUGGCUCAACAGAGAAAUGGUGUGAUCUUUCAAGAGGGAGGGGAAAAACAUCUGAAGCUGGUGGGAAAACUGUAUGAUCAGUGCCAUGACACCCUGGUACAGUUUGGUGGGUUUUUAGCAUCCAAUCUAAGCACAGAGGAUUACAUUAAGCGAGUGCCUUCUAUUGAUGUUCUCUGUAACGAGUUUCACACACCUCAUGAUGCUGCAUUUUUCCUCUCAAGACCCAUGUAUGCACAUCAUAUUUCAUCAAAGUAUGAUGAACUAAAAAAAGCUGAGAAGGGCAAUAAGCAGCAGCACAAAGUUCACAAAUACAUUACAUCGUGUGAGCUGGUGAUGGCUCCUGUUCAUGAUGCUGUGAUUUCUCUGCACCUUCCCAAAGUAUGGGAUGACAUCAGUCCUCAGUUUUACGCUACAUUCUGGUCUUUGACAAUGUAUGACCUUGCCGUCCCACAUAGUAGCUAUGACAGAGAAGUCAAUAAACUUAAAGUCCAGAUGAAAGCCAUAGAUGACAAUCAGGAAAUGCCUCCAAAUAAAAAGAAGAAAGAAAAAGAACGUUGCACAGCUCUCCAGGACAAGCUUCUUGAAGAGGAGAAGAAGCAGUUGGAGCAUGUGCAGAGGGUCCUACAGAGACUGAAACUAGAGAAGGAUAACUGGCUUCUGGCAAAGUCUACGAAAAAUGAGACUAUCACAAAAUUUCUGCAGUUAUGUAUAUUUCCUCGGUGCAUUUUUUCGGCAAUCGAUGCAGUUUAUUGUGCUCACUUUGUAGAACUGGUGCAUCAGCAGAAAACACCCAACUUCUCCACACUUCUUUGCUAUGACAGAGUUUUCUCUGAUAUUAUAUAUACAGUUGCAAGUUGCACUGAAAAUGAAGCUAGUAGAUAUGGCAGGUUUUUGUGCUGUAUGCUGGAGACUGUGACUAGGUGGCACAGUGACAGAGUCAUAUAUGAAAAGGAAUGUGGCAACUAUCCAGGUUUCCUAACUAUAUUACGGGCAACUGGAUUUGAUGGUGGAAAUAAAGCUGAUCAAUUGGAUUAUGAGAAUUUUAGACAUGUGGUACACAAAUGGCACUACAAACUAACUAAGGCUUCUGUGCACUGCCUUGAAACGGGGGAAUACACACAUAUCAGAAAUAUCCUGAUUGUGCUGACCAAAAUCCUUCCAUGGUAUCCAAAAGUGCUGAAUCUGGGCCAAGCCUUGGAAAGAAGAGUACACAAGAUAUGUCAGGAAGAGAAAGAGAAGAGACCUGAUCUAUAUGCAUUGGCUAUGGGCUAUUCUGGGCAGUUGAAAAGUAGGAAGCCUUUCAUGAUACCUGAAAAUGAAUUCCACCACAAAGACCCACCUGCCAGGAAUGCUGUAGCUGCAACAGUACAAAAUGGGCCAGGUGGUGCUGGGAUGCCUACAUCUCUCACAAUAAAUACAGUUAGACUGGAAGAAGGCACUGCUGAGGAGACUGAGAAACUAAAGGAGAAGUCUCAGGGUGUGGUGAAGGUUGUUAAUAAAGCUGUAAAUGCUACACCGAAGGUGACUACAAGCAAUGGAAACAGUGCUUCUAAUAGCAAAAUUGUUAAGGAGAAAGAGGAUAAAGAAAAAAGUGGGAAGGAAAAAGAUAAAGAAAAAAAAGACAAGACUCCAGCUGCCACUCCAGAGAUGAAGGCACUUGGGAAGGAUGGGAAAGAUAAACCUAAGGAAGAACGGGCAAAUAAAGAUGAUAAAGCAAGAGAGAUCAAGGAGAAAACGCCAAAAUCGGACAAGGAGAAGGAAAAGGUCAAGAAAGAAGAAAAAGCUUCAAAAGAAGAAAAAUCCAAGACAGUUGUUACCAUCGUUGAGUCAAAGUCAACGUCAGAAAAGGAGAGAGAAAAGGAGCCAUCCAGAGAAAGAGAUGUAGCGAAGGAAAUGAAAUCCAAGGAAAAUGCUAAAGGAGGAGAAAAGGUGCCAGUAGCUGGGUCCUUGAAGUCACCUGUUCCCCGAUCAGAAACAUCAGAAUCUGAAAGGGAACAAAAACGCCGCAAAGUUGAUACACAUUCUUCUCCAUCACAUUCCUCAACAGUAAAGGACAACCUCAACGAACUCAAGGACUCUUCAGCAAAGCACUACAUUAACCACACUACUCCAACACUGUCCAAGAGUAAGGAGAGAGAAGUGGACAAGAAAGAUUUGGACAAGUCAAGGGAAAGAUCCAGAGAGAGAGAGAAGAAAGAUGACAAGGACAGGAAGGAUCGAAAAAGGGAUCAUUCAAACAGUGACCGGGAGGUACCACAGGAUUCAACUAAAAGACGCAAAGAGGAAAACGGAACAACUGGUUCUUCAAAACAUAGUAAAAGUGAAAGUCCAUCAGAUUCCCCUCGCUUAAAUGAAAAGGAGAAGGAGAAGAACAAAUCAAAAUCUUCAGGAAAAGAGAAAGGUGAUUCAAUUAAAGCAGAAAAGAUGGAGAAGAGCUCCUCUGGUAGCAAAAAGGAAUCAAGACAUGAUAAAGAAAAAACAGAAAAGAAAGAAAAACGAGACAGUACUGGAGGAAAGGAAGAAAAGAAACAUCAUAAAUCUUCAGACAAGCACAGAUAAUGAAGAUUGUUCCAGUCAAGGUGAGAUUGAAAUGGGAAGAUACCCAGCUGUGACCAGAAAUGUAUUUUCCAGAGUAUAGAUUGCACAGAAAUUUGUGAAUGAAGAGGACCCAUCUGCAUCUCCUUAAAUUAUUCAGUUCUCUGCUUUAUUUCCCCAUGCUGAGGAUUUAAUUGUUGAGUUGUACAUUACUGUAUUUUUAACUUGUUGCUUAGUUUCUUACACAUUUAUUUUCAGUACCUGGCUGAAAGUGUUACCUAUUCCAUAUUUUAGCACAAUGUGCUGCAAACAAACAGUUGCCAUAGUGCAAAUGAGGUUUCAUGUGUACAGAGUUCCACUUUAGGUUGUCAAAAAUACUGCCUGAGUUUAGUAAUUCUUUCGAUCUGAAAUGCGUUCUUUUAGAUGUUUGAAAACCGCAAAUAAACAGUUAUUGAACCUUUUUGGAUUUACCUCAUUUAAACUCAGUUUUUAUUUAUUACUUGGCCUGUUUUUAAUAUGACUAAAAAAAAAAGUCAAGUGGGAGCACUGUUUUCAUGCAAUGCGUAGGGAUUAUUUGUAUAUUGUGUACAACGUUGACUUGUUUAAAGAAAAAAAGAAUGAAGCCUGUCCCUUCCAUCCUGACCUCAACCUGUGCUCAGUUGUCCCUUGCCACACCUUUUGUUUGUCAUGUUUUUAGAUCGAUUGGAAAUGCUCUCUUCAAACCAGAAGUAAAUUAAGUUUCAAUUACAGCUACAGGAGCUUUGUAUUGCCGAACUUUAGUCUGAAAAGUUUCACAAUGACAUUUUUAAGAAAAAAAAGGAAAAAAAAAAGAAUUUUUUUAUCUGCUGAAUUCUACCAGUGUAACCUUUUUUCUAAAUAAACAAUAGUUUUCUCAAUGGGUCGUAAA